CGAGGAGAGUAAAUACAACAGGAGCGCAAAAUGGCGGAACCGCCGAGCCCCGUGCACGGCGCUACCGCUGCCGUCUCGGAGAAAGAACCGUUUGGCAAAUUGCAGCCCCCGUUCCGGGACCCACCAGGUCCUCUGUCGGCCAAGAAGGUCCGGACUGAGGAGAAGAAGGCGCCGAGGAGACUGAACGGAGAAGGGAGCAGCGGCGGGAACAGCAGGCAGCUGCAGCCGCUGGCGGCACCUUCGCCUCAGAGCUAUGGCAGCCCUGCGUCUUGGAGCUUUCCCGGUCUGUCUGCUGCCUCCUCCCCGUCCUCUGCUCGGAGCAGUUUCUCUUUUUCCGCUGGCACCGCGGUCCCUUCGUCAGCCUCUGCUUCCUCAUCUCAGCCGGUGCCGCGCAAACUGCUGGUCCCUCCUACGCUGCUGCACGCUCAGCCUCACCAUCUCUUGCUCCCGGCCGCCACCUCCUCGGCCAACGCCAAGCCGCGCCGACCCAAGGAGAAGCGAGAGAAGGAAAGGAGGAGGCACGGCCUCGGCGGGGCAGGCGAGGCCAGCGGGGCCGCCCGGGAGGAGAACGGGGAGGUGAAGCCGCUGCCGCGAGAUAAAAUCAAAGACAAAAUUAAAGAGAGAGAUAAAGAGAGAGAGAAAAAGAAGCAUAAAGUAAUGAAUGAGAUCAAGAAAGAAAAUGGAGAAAUAAAGAUUUUGCUGAAAAGUGGGAAGGAGAAACCAAAAACAAAUGCAGACGACUUACAAAUUAAAAAAGUAAAGAAGAAAAAGAAAAAGAAACACAAAGAGAAUGAAAAACGGAAGCGUCCAAAAAUGUAUAGCAAAUCUAUUCAAACCAUCUGCUCAGGAUUGCUAUCUGAUGUUGAAGAUCAAGAAGCCAAAGGCAUCCUAAAUGAUAACGUAAAGGAUUACAGUGGAAAGAAUUUGGAUACCAAGAACUAUGAUUCCAAAAUUCCAGAGAACAGUGAGUUUCCAUUUGUCUCAUUAAAGGAGCCACGGGUUCAGAAUAACCUCAAAAGGUUGGACACGUUGGAGUUCAAACAGCUCAUUCAUAUUGAGCACCAGCCUAAUGGAGGCGCAUCUGUUAUCCACGCCUACAGUAAUGAACUCUCCCACCUGUCUCCUGUGGAGAUGGAGAGGUUUGCAGAAGAGUUUGUGGGUCUAGUGUUCAGUGAAAAUGAAAACUCUGCAGCUUUCUAUGUAAUGGGUAUUGUUCAUGGGGCAGCUACUUAUUUACCUGACUUUUUAGACUACUUUUCAUUUAAUUUUCCCAAUUCACCAGUGAAAAUGGAGAUAUUAGGAAAGAAGGAUAUAGAGACAACGACUAUGUCCAAUUUUCAUGCUCAGGUAAAAAGAACAUAUUCUCACGGUACUUACAGAGCUGGCCCAAUGCGACAGAUCAGCUUGGUGGGAGCAGUUGAUGAAGAAGUGGGAGAUUACUUCCCUGAGUUCCUUGACAUGUUGGAAGAUUCACCAUUUUUAAAAUGUACACUGCCAUGGGGGACACUAUCUAGUCUAAAAUUAGAGAGUCGAAAAGACAGUGAUGAUGGUCCCAUCAUGUGGGUGCGCCCAGGAGAACAAAUGAUCCCUGUGGCUGAUAUGCCAAAGUCACCUUUCAAAAGGAAAAGAACUACCAAUGAAAUAAAAAACCUGCAGUACCUACCUCGAACCAGUGAGCCCCGUGAGAUGCUCUUUGAAGACAGGACAAGAGCCCAUGCAGAUCAUAUAGGACAAGGUUUUGAACGACAGACUACAGCUGCUGUUGGAGUGUUGAAGGCUGUGCACUGUGGAGAGUGGCCUGCUCAACCCCGAAUAACCAAAGAUGUAAUUUGUUUUCAUGCUGAAGAUUUCUUAGAAGUAGUUCAACGAAUGCAGUUAGAUUUACAUGAACCUCCACUGUCCCAGUGUGUCCAGUGGGUUGAUGAUGCAAAACUUAAUCAACUGAGGAGGGAAGGCAUCCGUUAUGCCAGAAUUCAGCUGUAUGAUAAUGACAUUUAUUUUAUUCCAAGGAAUGUUGUUCAUCAGUUCAAGACAGUUUCAGCUGUAUGCAGUUUAGCAUGGCAUGUUCGGCUCAAGUUAUAUCACUUAGAGGAGGACACUGUACAGAAUACAGCUACUCAUGAAACAGGCACAUCACCAGAUACCACAUCAUCAGUUCUUGGACCUCACACUGACCACAUGCUUUGUGCUAUAAGCAAAACCUCCUUGGAUUCUAAUUUUUCAGACAAACUUCAUUCUAAAUCUGAACUGCAGCAGAUUAAACAUGAACCUAUUCCAUCUGUAAGAAUCAAGGAAGAACCUGUGAAUGUUUAUAUUCCUGAAAAGACUAGAGCACCGAAUAUGGAUGGCAAGAAUGUUAAAGCAAAAUUGGAUCAUGUUCAAUUUACAGAAUUUAAGAUUGACGUGGACUCUAAAUUUGAAAAUACCAACAAAGAUUUAAAGGAAGAAUUAUGUCCUGGAAGUCACAUAAGUCUAGUUGAUACAAGACAACCUAGUUCAGCACAUUCAAAUCAAGAUAGAAAAGAUGAUGACAUUUUGUGCUGA